GCCAUCUCUCUCUCCACGCUCUCUGAAACCGUAAGUCUCCCUUGAUCCACAUCUCCCUCCCAGAUGUCGAUCCGCCGCAUGCAACAACCCCCCACCCAUCCACCCACCACCACCCAUGGAGAUGGAGAUGCGGGCGAGCAGCAGCAAGCGCGCGUCCGACGGUGGCAUUCACCCCCUCACCCUCUCUCCCCGCUCCUAUGGCCAUCUCGCACGCCGAACCCUACCGCAUCCUUCCCCCCUCCCCCUCCCUGCGAUGGACGCCGCCACCCCAUCCAAGAAGCCCCGGACGGUGGCCGCCAGUGCCCGGUCGCCGUGGAAGGUGAAGACGUCCGUCAUCUCGUCGGUCGGCCAGUUCGCCACGUCGGAGAAGAGAAGAUGGUGGCUGCGGUCGCGUCGGAUCUGGUCACGCCAGAGAAGACAGAGCCGCGGCCGCUGCUGCGGAGGGCGGCGCUCGAGCUGCAUCGCGCCGGCAGGGGCCCCGCAGCGGAGGUUGAUGCCGGGGUGGACGCGCUCGAGUCUGUUGAAAGGGAGCUCGGCGUGGGCGCUGGCGCCUACCGCAGACCCGUCAAGCGUAGGCCCGAGUUCAAGCUGCCGGAGAGCUAUGAGAUUCUUAUGAGAUUCUGUGCGAGUUCGUCAACUGCUUUGAGAGCUCCACCCGGCUCCUCCGCAUGAAGGGAUCCAAGGCAACAUUCCCCAACAUCUGCGCUAGCAUUCAGAACUUGGCUAGGAGGAGGUUUACCUAUGGCCAUCUCGUACAGCUCAAGUACAUUAUGCCCGAGGCUAUGGUACACCGUGUUCAUGCUAGUAUUGAUGUGAACAGUCUUGGCACAUAUUAUAUUGGUAGGUGAUACGUCUCAAAUGUAUCUAUAAUUUUUGAUGGUUUCAUGCUGUUAUCUUGUCAUC